GCCUUUUCAGCGAUGUGAGCCGUUUCGCAUGUUUUUGUUUAUUGAUCACAAUUUUUGCACUGUUUAUCACUGUAUUCCGCAUUUAAAAUUAGAAAUUAAAUAGUUUUAUCCUCAAAAUGCUUCGAUCAACGCCUGUUUUAUCGCGAACUAUUCACUGUUCGGCCUGGCACCGGUGUUGUGUCUCGAACAAGGAUCGCUGCAACGAAACCAUCGACCGGAUCAUUCGGGUCGAUCAUGCCGGCGAAUUGGGGGCCAACCAGAUCUACAAGGGCCAGAUGGCCGUGCUGGGUCACACCAAGGUUGGAUCAACAAUUCAGCACAUGUGGGAGCAGGAGAAGGUCCAUAAAGCUGAAUUUGAGCGGCUCAUGAACAAGUACCGAGCUCGACCGACGGCCCUGCUACCAUUCUGGAACUUGGCAGGAUUUGCGCUAGGUGCCGGUACAGCACUGAUGGGUGAGAAAGCAGCCAUGGCCUGUACGGUGGCCGUGGAGUCCGUCAUCGUUGAACAUUAUAACGAUCAGCUACGCAAACUGAUGGACGAUCCAAACUUCAAGGACCACGAGCUGCUGGAAAUCAUCACUCGGUUCCGGAAUGAGGAACAAGAACACCACGAUAUAGGCCUGGAUGAGGGUGCUGAGCAGGCUCCCUUCUACAAGGCACUUACUGAUGUAAUCAAAUUCGGCUGCCGGACGGCGAUAAAAAUAGCAGAACGAGUGUAAUUUGUUCGAUAUGUGUUGUAAGUAAGUGUAGAUAUCGGUUUUCCUUCAUAGUCAACGGUACAGAGAAACUAUAAAUUUCCUUUUUAUUUAUCACAACAAAAUACACAUGUGCAGUUUCAAUUGCCCUCUCGUGUGCUGCAACUGGAAGCGAGCAAGGCAACGGGAAAGAAAUUUCUAAUAUAAACAAUUUCUGGAGAAACUCAAAGCUGUUGGGAGGAUGGCGUGGCGACUACUGGCAGGGUUACAGUUUGUUAGGUUCUCUUGUUUUGUUUUAUAUUCCACGGAAACGUAUGACGGCGUAGCUUUAGUUUCGCCAUUUAGGUUUUGGGAUGCUUGGAACCGUUGCGUUUCUUCUUUUCACCUAAAAAUAGAAUCAACAAUGUAAUUGGUUAGAUUGUGUUUGUGUUCAUCGACAAUGUAUCGAAUUGAAUCGAUAAAAAUCAUACGUCGGCCGCAUAGUUUUCCGAACCAUCCCUCAUGACAGUGGCACGUAUGGUCUGGCAUACAGCUGCCAUGUUUGCAGGGUCUUUUGCAGGUGGACCGUUGGCGACGCCCGAUCUGGCAAUGAUCGCCACUCAAACCCGGUUUGCAGCGGCACUUGUUGACUCCUUUACAUUUGCCAUCAUGCAGACACGGUAUUACGCAUUUUG